AUGUUGUCUCAGCUAUCCAUUCUCGCGCUCGCCCUUCUCUUGUCCUUUCAUGGUCACGGCGCCACGGCCUCGACAACGCUGGAAAAAGUCCUCAUCCAAAGAAACCUCGAGCACAAUGACAACCCGCCCUUGACCGAGUCCUCCAUGGCCCCAGCAACAGCACCACCGCCUCCUCCCCAUCCACCCGUCUCGUCCUUUACCGCCAGCUGCGACGACGCCUUUUGCAGCCAAGGGUCACGGUACUGCUACUACUGGGGCGGCGAGACGAGCUACGAGUUCGGCAAGGGGCCCGUCCCGGGCGAGACGCAGACCAUCUUGGGGGCGUGUACCGUGGUGACCUCGACGGUCCCCGGGUCAGUGGUCACGCAGACGAUUACGGAUUCUGUUGGCGCCGUGGCCACGGUGGCUAGUACGGUGCCGGCUACUGUCAUGGUGGUGGAGGUGUGGGAAUGA